AUGGCUGAGGCUGUCAUAUCCGCAGUCAUUGGUGACAUGGUUAGCAGAGCAAUCUCUUUUGUUAUUGGUCAUUCUACUGGACAAGACAGCACCAGUGCGAAGUUACAAAGGAUACGUCAUAUGCUGAUCAAGAUUGGAAGUGUGGUUGAGGAGGCCAAGGGGAGGCAGAUCACUAAUCAUGGAACUCUUGAGUGGCUCUCAGAGCUUGUCAAUGGUAUGUACCGAGGUCGCUACUUCCUUGAUAUAUCAAAUGAGAGCUUAUCUGUUGGUAUAAAAGAGUUUGUCAUGCUGUUGGAGAGGUUCCCACCAAUCUUUAAGCCUCUUAGGACUAACCUUUAUGUGGAUUGUGAGAUGUUUGGCCGGCAUAUUGAAAGAGAGCAGGUCAUCAAUCUUUUUUUACACAAAGGCAACCCCUCAGAAAGGAAGUUAGACAUUCUUCCUAUUAUUGGCAAUAUCGGUGUUGGAAAGAAAACGCUCGUGCAGAAUGUUUGUGACGAUAAAAGGGUGCACUGCCAUUUCUCAUCAAUCUUCUUGUAUGAUUUCUUCUUUUUGACAGUUAUGGACAAUAGUGAGCCAAGGAUUGUCCUUGGUUCUAGGCAUAGCAUUGGUGACUUUGGCAAUUUAAAUGAGCCGCUGCAAACAUUCAAACACAAGUUGAAGUAUAAAAGGUUCCUGCAUGUAUUUGAGAAUGUUGAUUCGGAGAAGAAGCAGAUGUUACAAGUGCUAUUAUCGGAACUAGGAUCUUGUAAACAAGGGAGCAAGAUCAUUGUCACCAGUACUCACAACCACACUGCCAGCAUCGGAACUGUGCAACGGAUCAAACUUAGGAUCCUACCCCGUGAACUGUUCUGGUCCUACUUCAAGGCGCUUGCUUUACCAGAUGCAGAUUUUCAGGAGAGUUGCCCAAGGAUGGCAGCAAUAGGUAUGGCGAUCGCAAAGAAGCUGGAUGGGUCAUUCUUUGGAGCUAAGAUCACUGGAGCUCUACUAAAGGUCCAUCCUAACAUCCAAUUCUGUAGUGAGGCUUUGAGAAGUAGUAUUUGGGAUAUUCCAGUUCUUGGCAGUAGCCUCCCCUAUGUUUCGGAUGUGACCAAUUACUUCCCCUCCAAACAGAAGAAGAAGAAGAACAAGAAGGGUGAUGACAAGAAAAAGAGAAAAAAUUAUAAGAAGAAGAGGAAUGGUCAAGCUUACUAUGUUGAAUGGGAUUCCGAUGCAAGCUCCAACUCGGAUGAUGAUGAUGAUGAGAAGCCCUCAAAAGGAAUUGUCAGCAUUGCCAUCAAGGAAGCUCCAUCACUCUUCUCUACGCCCUUUUGUCUUAUGGCAAAAGGUGACACAAAGGUAUCACGAGAUGAUGAACUUGAACUUACUUAUGAUGAUCUUGUGAGAAUGCUCAAUGAUACCGAUGACUACAUGCACAAAGAAAAAAAAGUUGAGGGACUUGAAGAUGAAAUAUCAAUCUCUUCAAGGUUCCUAUGA